AGAGAGGGGGAGAGAGAGAGAGAGCAGUGUGAAAAAGGAAGAAUGUCGGGUUUCAAUUUCGGAACGUCGGGUUCCUCCGCUUCCCAAUCCACUUCCCCCUUCGGAUCUUCCGCCCCGGCUUUCUCCUUCGCCUCCUCCCCUUCCCCAUUCGGAUCCUCCGCGCCCGCCACCUCCUCCACCGGGUUCGGACCCGGAUCUUCCUCCCCUUUCGCCUCCGCUCCUCCCUCCACUUCCUCCUCCCCUUUCAGCUUCUUAUCCAACACCGCCUCCUCCCCCUCUUUCGCCACCCCUAACCCGAGCCCGUUUCCCUCAUUCGGAGCUUCAUCAACAACAACAACCGCCGCCGCCCCUUCCUUCGGGUUCAACCCCUCCCCCGCCGCUUCCGCCUCAUCCUCUUCUCCGUUCGGCUCGUCGCUGUUCGGCGUAUCCUCGUCGUCGCAGGCUUCGGGUUCUACCGCAAACUUAUUCGGGUCAACCGCGUCCGCCACUACUAGCUCUCCUCUCUUCGCCUCCGCUCCUGCUUCUUCGCCGUCACCGUUGUUUGGGACCACUGCUCAGUUCGGCUCAACCUCCUAUUCGGCUGCGUCACCGUUGUUUGGGACCACUGCUCCGUUCGGCUCAACCUCAUCAUCGGCGCCGCCGCCCUCUACCACCACUCAGAACUUGUUUGGAAGCUCUGCUCCGUCGUCUGCGGCGGCGACAACCACUCCCUCCUUUCUGAGCUUUUCCACCUCUGCCUCGUCUUCAGCCUCAACCACUCCCGCCUUCCCUAGCUUCCUGAGCUCUUCCUCCGCCGCCGCCGCAUCAACCACUCCCACUCCGGCAUUCCCAUCUUUUUCGAGCUCUUCUUCGGCGGCAGCCUCAACCACUCCGGCUUUCGCCGGCUUUUCCACAGCCUCGUCUGGAGCUCCGGCCACUUCCUCUCCUGCUUUCUCUUCAUUCCCACCGAAGCCCGCCGCAGCAUCCACCGCCGAUUCUACUGCCGCCCCUGCCGCAGCAUCAAGCGGCGGCUUCAGCCUCUCAUUCGGAGCACCGGCGGCUUCGUCAUCGGCGUCUCAACCUUCUUUCGGAUUCAACAAUGCCGCCUCAUCAGCUGCGCCGGCUACAUCCUCAGCUUCUCAACCUCCUUCUUUCUUAUUCAGCAAUGCGGCCUCGUCAGCUGCGCCGGCUUCCACCUCAUUGUCGUUUUCAAAGCCUUCAGUGCCAUUGUUUUCGACCGCCACCACAACCACACCGGCGUCUUCAACUGCGGCAGCAAGUAGCACUACACAAGCUCCUUCGUUCUCGUUGCCGGCGUUCAAUGUGACUCCAAGUGCUCCUCUGGCUGCCAGCGCUAAUGCACAGCCGGCUUCAACUGCAGUGCCUGCUAGCUCGGCUGCUGCUUCAUCAGCCACUACUACCAGUUCCUUUACGGGCUUUUCCUUAGCGCCUGCUUCUUCAGCCGCUGUUGCUUCUUCGUCCGGUGGUUCAAUUUUCUCCAGCGUCUCUGUGCCUGCCUCGUCGUCACAAGCACAGCCAAGCACUACUGUGCCGGCAUUUGCAACUGCAACUCCGGCGACAACUGGUACCAUUACCCCUGCAGCUCAGACAUCUAGUGCACUUGCUGUGGCAUCUACUAGUGGGACAACCUCAAAUGUAAAUGUAAGCACUACAGUAUCUACGACAACACCAAAAUUACCUUCAGAGAUCACCGGGAAGACGGUUGAAGAGAUUAUCAAGGAGUGGAAUGCUGAGCUUCAAGAGCGUACUGUAAAGUUCCGAAAGCAGGCUAAUGCAAUAGCAGACUGGGACAGGAGGAUUUUACAGAACCGUGAUGUUCUUCUUAGGCUUGAGAUCGAAGUGGCGAACGUGGUGGAUACCCAAGCUAAAGUGGAGCGGCAACUAGAGUUAAUCGAGACUCAUCAGCAAGAGGUUGAUAAGGCUUUAGAAAGCAUGGAAAAAGAAGCUGAGCGCAUAUACAAUGAUGAGCGUGGAUUGCUUCUUGAUGAUGAGGCUGCAUCCACAAGAGAUGCAAUGUAUGAGCAGGCUGAGUAUAUCGAGAGGGAGCUAGAGCAGGUGACAGAACAAAUUAAAUCAAUUAUUGAGACUGUUAAUGCUAAUCAGGGUGGAGAAUUGGACAUAAAUGAUGGAAUGGCUCCACUAGAUGUGGUUGUAAAAAUCUUAAACAAUCAGCUAAGCUCUUUGAUGUGGAUUGAUGAAAAGGCUGAAGAGUUCUCUUCGCGAAUUCAGAGGCUUGCCAAUCAAGGUCCUGCCGCAGAUCGUGAAUUGAUGGGUCCAAGUUAUUGGAUGUCAUGAUAUUUGAAAUAAGAAAACCCUUUAUUUUUCUUCUAAGUUCAGUUUGUAACCAUAUGAAAGAAGUAAAUGCUGUGUAAUGCCUCCCUGUUUUGGAAUCAAUGGGUGCACAGGUUAAACUUUGGCCGGGUGAAAAUCAGAAGUUGAAUCCAAAUUUUUUUUUCUGGA